AUGGCCAGGCUGCCCUGCAGGAUUAUUAAGGAAACCCAGCAUUUGCUGGCAGAACCAGUUCCUGGGAUAAAAGCAGAACCAGAUGAAAGCAACACAUGUUAUUUUCAUGCAGUCAUUGUAGGCCCACAGGAUUCCCCCUUUGAGGGAGGGACUUUUAAACUUGAACUAUUUCUUCCAGAAGAAUACCCAACGCCAGCUCCUAAAGAAUGUUUCAUGACCAAAAUUUAUCACCCUAAUGUAGACAAGUUGGGAAGAAUAUGUUUAGAUAUUUUUAAAGAUAAAUGGUCUCCAACAUUGCAGAUCCAUACAGUGCUGCUAUCAAUCCAAGUUUUGUUAAGUGCUCCCAAUCCAGAUGAUCCAUUAGCAAAUGAUGUAGCUAAGCAGUGGAAGACCAAUGAGGCCCAAGACAUAGAAACAGCCAGAGCACGGACUAGGCUAUAUUUGCCAUCAAUAAUAUUUAAAUUCAAUCUCAACAUCAAAGCACACUCCAGCAAAGGUUGUGCCAACACAGACCAGGCCAUAGCAAAUCAGGAACAGUCCUUGGGAAUCACUGAAUCAGCAGUUACAGUAACUGCUCCUCGAACUCUCAGCCAACAGAUAUUAAUGUGA